AUUGGUAAGGGUUAGCUACAGAUCCUAUUAAUAGUUUUUCUUGAUGGGGCCAAAACAAAAACUAGUUGCAUCUGACACUACUGUUCUAACCUUUCUUAGACAAACCAAGACCAUAUCAUCCAAAAUUUAUGCCCUAACGGCUAACAUACAACCUGUUAUACAAAUAUACUUCAAUGCAAGGUGGUAAAAGGAAUGAUAUGUCACCAUCCACCAGCGCUGAAGUGAACCAAAGAAUAGAGAAGGACGAAAUUUUCAGCACCCUAUAUUCCUUAUCAGUAAAUUCCAAGGACUGCUAGACCAGAACUCUAUAAAUAGUGGCCUUUACUUCAAUAUCCUAACAAAUAGCCAUUGGUUCCUUCAAUCAUAGAAAACAAAAGACCAGAUAGCUUGAAUCUCUUGCCUUACUAAGACCUUCUCUUCUCUUCAAAUAAAACUGUGACAACUGCAUCAUGGAUACAGUAACGCGUCUCGUGGAAGAGAAGCCAGUGGUUAUCUUCAGCAAAAGCUCCUGUUGCAUGAGCCAUUCCAUGAAACAACUGAUAAGCAGCUAUGGAGCAAACCCAACAGUAUAUGAGCUGGAUGAACUUCCAAAUGGAAGGGAAAUAGAUCGAGCAUUAAAAAAGCUAGGGUGCAAACCAGGAGUGCCAGCUGUGUUCAUAGGCCGAAAGCUCAUAGGAGGGGCGAACGACAUCAUAAGCCUCCAAGUCCAAGGCAAACUCGUGCCUGCACUGAUGGAUGCUGGUGCUAUAUGGAUAUGGAACAGAACCAGUUAACGAUUUAACAAUCAAUUAGGAUUAGAAGGUUACAAGUAGUUCUUUGCCUCCUUUCUUACACCUGGUUUUUGACUUGUUUUUCAUAUAGCAUACAGAUCAGAUGAGGAGAAAAAAGGGAAGCGAGUCAUAGAAAAAAGUAGCUUAAUGUUGAUCUUUAAACCAUCAUUGCACAGCUUAUUUGUACCACGACCAAAAGAAAUUGUUGUGAAAUUAUGACAAUUUUGUCCUUUCUGGAAAAUUAAAUGCAUACUGUGGACAACAUUUAUAAUAGCUCGGAAAAACCAAAACCCCCCAAAUCUUUUCUCCUGCCAUGUCAUAAGAAUGACAAAGAAAAACAAAAAGGGAGCUCUUUUGUGGCCUACACAAGAUGGAAUUUACAUCAACUGAUAACAGAAUAAUCCUGGAGGGAGGGGGGAGGGUUGUCUAGCCAUAAGUGUAAAAGAACAGAAAUGAGAAAAGGCACAAGGCACUUGUCUAGUUUCUUCAAAUUAAGUUCAAGAGCAUGAUUUUAAAAAAAAAACAAAUACUGAAAGCUACAGAGCAACAUAGUUGUGAUUAUUGGAUAAUAUUAUAUGUAAAGGGAUAAUAUUAUAUUGUAAAGGGUAGAAAGGUACUUUCAUAGUCAUAGGUCUGUAUUAUAAACACUAUAUAUAUUGAAUGUCAGGUUAACCUACAACAGGUUAACACAAUUAUUUCCCACACUUGUACAUGGUAUCACAGCCAACAAUUUUCUAAAAAAAAAAAAAAAAUAAAGAAAAGAAGAAUUUUUCCAAAAACAAAUUUUUCGUACGCCCAAUUUUUUUUUUCCGUACGUGAUUUCUUUUCUUCUCCUGGCCAUGGAACCCUCCACGCCUUCCGCUGCCGCAGCAGCCUACUCGCAGCCUCUGCCGGAUAUUUCUGCCGCCGCCCCGCCGUCGACGUCGGGACCUCUCUCCGUCCCGCCGACCCACGUCGUCGCUGCUGGACCGCAGAUUACUGCUGCUGCCUCAUACUUCUCGCGUCCUUUUCUUUCUGGGUUGGAGCUCACCCAGCCUUGGUCUGCUGGGGUAUCGUCUCCUGCCACCACAUCGCGAGCCAGUCCCCGGUUUCCGCCCGGAUUUCCGGCCUCCACACCGGCCACCACCCUCAGCGGCGCCCUACCGGGACAA